UGUUUCUCCUCUUCGACCUCGGAACCAGAAAUGUAUCCUUCAACAGAUGAAAUGGUGUAUAUUAAUGCUGCCGAAAAACUCAUGCUGGAUACAAUGGUGCGCUACGAUCCAUCUCACGAUGCGUAUCACGUACAACGCGUACGGAAGACUGCAUUAACCAUAGCCAAUGCUCUGCCUGUUAAGCCUGACCUUUUAGUUGUAGAAUUGGCUGCACUCCUUCAUGAUGUCCUAGACAAGAAAUAUGUUUCACCACAACAGGCAGCCGAUCCUUACUCAUUUUUCCUUCCUCUAUUCAGCAAAGCUGCGAAAAAUUCAUCUCUGGACCUUGUCAGAGAUGGUCGCGCACAACUUAUUACACAGAUAGUUGAAAAUGUUUCAUGGACUACCGAAACCAAGCUCCGAGCCACUGGACAGUGGGGGACGUGGCAUAAUGAAUGUACUGAGCUACACUGUGUCCAGGAUGCUGACAGACUGGAUGCAAUCGGAGCCUUCGGGGUUAUGCGUUGUGCCGCGUACAAUGCGUCGAAGAACAAUCCAUUGCACACUCCUCGCGAAGAUCCAUGUCUUGGAAAAUCUGCCAUUCAACACUUCCAUGAUAAAUUAGUUCAUAUUGAGGGCCGACUGAAAACGGAACCGGGAAAAAAACUCGGAAAAAAGCGACAUAAACUGAUAGUAGACUUCAUUGCGUCUGUCGAGGACGAAUACAUUCCUGCUAUUGCCGUUGCCAAUUGA